AUGGAGGACCAAUCCCUCAAAUCCACCUGUCAUUGCGGCGCCAUCACCGCGAUUCUACCCUAUCGACCCAAAGAAAUCAACGAAUGCCAAUGUACAAUCUGUCGACGCUACGCAGCAGCCUGGGCAUACUACAAAGUGAAUGAAGUCAAAAUCGAUAUGAAAGGCGGCGCCAAACUCUCUCGAUAUAUUUGGGGAGAUAAAGAGAUCUCCUUUAAUUUCUGCGAGAAUUGCGGUUGCGUGUGCUAUUGGUGGCCAAUGGAAGAGAAGACAUCAGAUGGUGAUGCCGCUGAAUUCGGUGUGAAUACGAGGAAUAUGGAUCCCAUGGAAAUCUUCCACGUCAACCGCAAGAUUGGCAAUGACUGGCUGUUACAGCCACUCAAGGAUAAGACCAAGUCGCAUGAGCAGGAUCGGGCCAAUUACUGA